AUGAUCACCAUUUGCCGGUUUUGCUUGAACGAUGACGAAAAUAGUCUUUGCCUUCUCACGGAAUCAGUAGAUUCUUCUGUAACGAUCGAUGAUGUAGAAAUAUUGACAGGAAUACAGCUAAAUGCGGAUGAGUUCGACACAUACUCGGUUUGCUUCGAAUGUACCAAGCAACUAAAAAGUUCCAGCGCCUUUCGAGACCUUUGUCUAAGCAAUGAUUCCCACUUCCGGCAGCUUAGCAACAUGCAGUUUUUUAAAUUAGAACUAGAAUCGGUAGAAAUUGAUGUGAUGUCCGACGGUACGUUGGAAGCUGAUAGCAUCGGUGGCACACCACCAAUGGCCCAGCAACCAGUAACACCAACCGUUGAGUUGGAUAAUAAUGAGGUGGAUGAGGAGGAUGAUUACUGUUCUACAAACGAUUUUGUGUCGGAACAAUCUCACGAAGGUUACAUUCGCAACGACAGCGACAGCGAUGAAGCAUCGCUACAAUAUUCCAAUCAUCCUGCGUACGAAGCAGAACCGGAUCCAGCAAACGUUCCAGACGAUUUAAAAAACACCGCUCGGUCGAGGAGUGUUAAUACGCAACGGCAACUUUGCAAUAUGUGUGGAAAGAUGGUGACAAACAUAAUGCUGCACAUUUCGUGCCACAAGAAGGAGACCAACUACACAUGUCCACACUGUCCUACGAAAAUGACGCAUCCCGCCAACUUGAUGCGUCACAUCAAGGCGGUCCAUCUGAAAACAAUCGUUAAAACCUGUGACUUGUGUGGCAAAGGAUUCACGCACAAAAACACUUACAAAUCCCACUUGCGUUCACAGCACGACAUUGGAGAGUCCUACCAGUGUCAAAUGUGUACGAAGCUUUUUAAAUAUCCUAGCGGUCUGAGGGAUCAUAUGAAACGAUUUCAUACCACUGAAAGCAUUUACGAAUGUGGCGUUUGUGCCAAAAUGUUCAAAACGAAGCAAGCUUUGAAGGCACACGAGAAUGUACAUACCAAUGAAAAGUACUAUUGCUGUAAGCAUUGUCCAAAACGGUUUAAAAGUAGAAGCUCUAAAAAUACGCAUCAGCUUACGCACAGUGGCAUUGUAUUUAGCUGUAAGUACUGUGAUAAAUCUUAUCGUUACAAAACUUUGCUCAACAUACAUGUUCGAAAAAAUCACCAAUUAAGUAUGCACGAGAAUGAACAGGAACGAUAA